UGAUCGUAAUUGCAGGCUCAUCACGAUCAAUUCAAUGACCUUUACCUCGGCCUAAUGACCUUUAGCUCCCAUUUAAUUAUCGACCCUGAUAAAUAUGGGGCUUUUAAAAUUACAAAUUAUAACUGCGUAGAGUAAAACAAAAAGCCUGCAAGGCCCAUGUUUUUAUUUUGUUGGUUGAUGCUACAAAACCCCCAAGAGGAUUGCUAAACCCCAACACUGUCUCAUUGCCAAACAGACCAUUCUGGGUUUUGAAGGUUUCUGAGUCCGCCGCACCUGCAUUUCCAACUUCUGAUUGAAGCUCCUGAAUUCGGAGUUUUUGUUCAAAUGAAUUUGAUGAACAGACCCUAAGUAGUUGAUGACCAAAAAAUCAAACAAACAAUGACCAAAUCGCAAGCAUUCUCGUGGUCUGGUCUCGUCUUCAAUCAAGCAAUCAAGAAAACCCCCAAUGCUCCACUCCCCUUGUACCACCAGUAGAUCUCCUCCACCUUAACACACUUGCUCAGGUCCUCAUCUUUUUCUUCAUGGCAGACCCAUUACUAUUCCACGGUAUCAGACAGAGUAGUCCACGACAUUCUGGCCGAGGUCGAGAGAGAAAGGCACAGAGAAAGAGAGCAGAGGAAAAGGGCUGGUCUCGACACCAAAGACAUUGACCAAGAAGAUGAGGAGGACUACAUGCGUGUCACACCAUUGAUAGAGAAGCUUGAGAAGGAGAAGCUCAAGACCACUGGGGAUCUCAAUUCCUAUGAGGAGCCCUCCGAUUCUGAUAGUGACGAUGACGAGGAGCAGUUCAGUCCCGAUGCCAUCAAGAAGAGGGUUGAUGAGUUUCAGAGGAAGUUCACGCGACAUGAGGAGUUGCUCAAGAAUUUCACACAGGCUGAUAACUGAAAGAACAGAUUGAAUUGGCUAAACAAAGCACAAAUGGCAUCAACAAUUGGUCGUUUGUUUCAAGAUCAGAAUCUCAGUGUUCACUCUAAUGGGAAAUUCUACUGUAGGAAAGGGUGGUGCAAAAACACAGAAGAAAGCUGGGUUUGGUGGAAGGAAACCUCUAGGAGAUGUAUCGAACACUGGGAAGCCUGAUUUUUCCAAGGUGUCGAAAAAGCCUGCUCUUACCAAUGUUUCUGAAAUCAUUGCUGAUGCAAGCAACAAGAAAGGCCUUUCUAAAGCCUCGGAUAAAGUGCAGACUCGUGGCAGUCGGAAGGCACUAUCUGAUGUGUCUAACACAGUCAAGCCACCUGUGCAUAAGAAGUCAAGUGUUGCGGCACAAACACCUUGUGGUUUUGAGGAGGAAGGUUUCCUGCAUGACCAUCAACAGUGCAUCAAAUCUAUGAGAAAGGCUAAUCACAUGGAUCAAAUGGAUUUUUUUAUGAUGAUACAAGGAUCAGAUUCAUCCAAGAAGCUUCUGUCUCCAUGUGCAGUUUCUCAGUUUCGUAAAGUUGAGCUGGAUAAUCCCAUGAAGUACUUGGAUUUGAAAGAGAUGCCUGAGCUGUCUAUCAAGCUUGACUCUUCACCUCAUUGCAAGUCUCCACUAUCACCAAAUCAUAAAAAGUCCACUUGGGUUUGGGAUGAUUGUGAUUUUCAGGUGAUGGAAACACCUUAGUUUCCAAGGCACUGAUUCCCCUGUAACUUUCAAACUGUGUACUAUGUGAUGCACCAUUAAUCCACUUGAAAUUGAUGUAGCCAGAGUCAUUCCAGAGGAUUUGGUUUUUGUUAGUCUGUUUCUAGUUUUUCUUUGUCCUCUGUAAAUAUCAUUUCUUAUGUUUUCGCCACAUUAAUGACACCCUCAUUGUGGAUUAUAUGGAUGAUCUGACUUUUGGUGAUGAGUAUAAGAGUGAAUGUGAUG